CACAAUGCAUUGCGGCGGCGAACGGAACUACUUCCUGAGUUGAGAGUUCAGCAUGCUCCCAUGCGUGUUUUAGCGGAGUGGUAGAAGUGGACAUUAUGAUGCCGCUUCUAUUAUGAAAUUACUCGUAGUCGCUCCUGUCGUCUCUUUAUCUGUCACGUUCUCCGCGUGUCGAGUAUGUCCGUGAACGCAUCAGCGCACGAGCUGACCCAGCUGAUCUACCGCCAUUUGAAGGAGCAUGGUUUCCACUCAGCUGCAGAUGAGCUCCAGAGGCACAGCCCACAGGGGGAGACAGAAAUAUCUGCGUCGUUACUGGACAUCUACAGUUCCUGGUUGAAGAACUCAAAAAGGAAAAAGCAGCCAGGCUCGACCAAGAAGUCUAAACCUAAAGAACCGAAAAAGAGUCCAACGAAGGCUGCGAAAAUCCGACCUCCAACCACCGCAGACGGCGAGGAGCUGAGUCACAGUCUGCUGCCACAGGUCAAAAGUCCCAAGAGGAAAAGCAGCAGCACCUCCAAGCAGGGCGGUGCAGCAACAGCAUCUCCUGUCGCCACGGCAAACAAAAAGAAGGAGAAGCCUGCAAAAAAAGCAGCGACGCAAAAAAAGAAGACUGUGCCAGUGAAAAAGACAAAGACUGAAGGGAAAUCUGCCGAGGUUGUGUCUGCUGGAGGAGACGAUUCAGACUCUGACAGCAGUUUGGAUGUGGAGAAAUGGAAGAAGCUGUGCCUGCAGAUGACAGAGGCCGAUGUAGCCAAGAUGGACACCAUCAACGCUCUGGACUUCUCCUCACCACAGCCUAAGAAAAGAGUUAGGAAACCCCGGGCCAAGCCUCCCGCGAAAACAGAAACUCAACAGGUUCAACAGAGUACUGUUGGAACAAAUGAAAAGUUGGAGGAGAAAACACCCGCAGAUAGUAUCAAACCCAAGAAGAGCAGGCCCAAAAAGACGGCACCUGUGACCUCCUCGGCUGCCCCGAGCCAAGAGCAAAUCAUCAACUCUGUAGAGGACGGAGCAGCAGCGUCCACUCCAAAGAAAGGGAAGAGGACAGCUGUGACGCCCAGUGAAGAAAAAACUGACGAGACGGCGUCAGAGCCCAAGAAGAAGAAGAAAAAGAAGGAGAAGACAGAAGACAAGAUGGAGGAGAUGACCAGUGAGGCCGGCGAAGAUGGAGAAGACAAAGACAGUAAAGAGGAAAAGAAGAAUGAAGCCACAGAGCUGGAGUUGGGUGAUGAACUUGCAGGGGAGAAGAAAAAGAUAAAAGGUACAAAGGGAGAUGCCGAAAAAGAAUCGUGGAAUCAUGAGGAAAAUGCAGAGCCAGGAGUGCAAGAGAAGAAAGCCGAGAAGAAGAAAAAUGAGAAAACUGAUGGUGAGGAAAAAUCAGAGCAAAUGGUUGAAGGUGACAACGAAAAUAGAGAAGCAGUAGUUGAAAAAAAGAAAACAAAGAAGAAGAAAAAGGUGAAAACUGUGUGUGAGGAAAAUUCAGAGCUUACAGCUGAAGAAGAGAAAGUGAAGAAGAAGAAAACAGAUAGCGAGGAACAAUCGAAACAAAUAUUAGGAGGUGACAAAGAAAAUUCAGAGCAGAUAGCUGAAAAAGUAAAAGAAAAUACAGAAGCAGUAGUUGAGGAAAAGAAGGCAAAGAAGAAGAAAAAGGAGAAAGUUGAUUGCGCAGACAAUCCAGAGCAGAUGCCUGAAGAAGAGACAGUGAAGAAGAAGAAGAAGAAAAAGGCAGCUGUUGGUGAGGAAAGUUCAGAGCAGGCCGCUGAAAACAUCCAAGAUAUCACCGAGCCGAUUGCUGCAGAAAAGAAAACAAAGACGAAGAAGGAGAAGAGUGAUGGCGAGGAAAAUUUGGAGCGGGUGGUCAAAGAAAAGAAGAAGAAAAAAAAGGUCAAUGCCGAGCAUUACGGGGAGCUGUCGGAGCAGGUAGCUGAAGACGAUGAGGCAACAAUGAAAUCAGAGAGCGGCGACAGAGAGGAAGCUGCAGAGCAGGUUACUGAAGGGAAGAAGAAGAAGAAAAAAACAGACUCAUCAUCAACAACCGAAGCAGCUGACACAGAGCCACUACCUCCGCCCGAUCCUGAGACACCACAAACAGAGAAGAAGAAAAAGAAAAGCAAGUUGAAAUCAGCCGCGGUCCCAGGAACGACUGCAGCUGCUGCGCAAGACACCGCAGAAACUGAAACCCUCCACACACCCUCAGGUGGCACCCACAAAAAGAAAAAGAAAUCCUCCAAGAGCACCGAGUCAUGAGGGCGCUUCACUCUUCCUCGCUGCAGAACAGAAGGAUGAAGGCGACACAUCUUUUCCAUCCGAUUUAUAGUGAGAUUUUAAUGUUCAGAAUAAUCACGUACGAUUGUAAAGAGAAAACUACUUUUUCUAUUUUGAUACUUUUUAUAAUCUUUGUUUUAUGUUUAUCGACUGGAUGUGACAUACUGUGUCACACGUUUUGUUUUGAUCUGAUUUAUGUGAUGUUGCCAUUUUAAUGGCAUCUCUAUGUAAAAGGGUUUUUUUUUUUUAAACUGUUUUUUCAAAAUGAAAUUCAGUCAUUGAUUGAACAGAAUGAUGUCCCUCUUAAAGGGUAACUCUGCUAGUUUUACAAAUUGUUUACAGAUGUUGAGGAGUACUGCUGCCUCAGUGAAAAAAAUGGUAUGAAACCUUUCGUGGCUCCAGAGGAAGCUGCAUUUAAGCUGAUCAGUUCCUACUAAGAUUUCACCUUUUUUAUUCCAUGCAGUCUUCCUCCUUUUCAAAGCACUGUGCCUCCAUUACCCACAAUGCAACUUUAAAUAAACUUCAAAUUUAUCAGAUUACAUGGAGCUUCCUCUGAAGCCAUAAAAGGUUUUUAUGCUACUUUAUUAACAUGUGCAGUAGUAAGACCUGUGAACACACUUCAGUGUGUAAGGUUGGUGGAGUUGCCCUUUAAUCACAUUCUCUUUGUGUCUCAGGAUUUCUUCCUACUACGAACUCAGCUCUUAGGAGACAACAGAAUAGGCCCUAAAUAACAUGCUAUUUUAACCAGUUUUAUAUUUAUUGAAGAAUAUAUGGGAAAUGGUUUGAAAAUCCUAUUUUUGGUAUUGAGUUCAACACUGAUGUACCGAUGUUUGUGAAAAGCAUGUUGUUGUUUUUUUAAACAAAAGUUUUAAAUGUUUGAUAAAGCCAUCAUGUAUUCAUUGUACAGUGUGCUUUCAAUACAAAUUAACUUCAUAGUUUUUUAAAAACA